UUCACAUAAACAUUCAUACUGGAGAAAAACCGUUCACUUGUGAUCAAUGUGGGAAGAGUUUCUCACAAUCAGCAAACCUUAAGGAUCACAUGGACAUCCACACUGGAGAGAAGCGGCACACAUGUGAUCAAUGCGGGAAAACAUUUUUGUGGGCUUCAAACCUGAGCACACACCUGAAAGUUCAUACAAAGGAGAAACCACAUUCAUGUCAUUUGUGUGGAAAGAGUUUUUCCCGUCUACAAAGUUUGAAAAGACAUCAGAAAAUACAUACUGGUGUGAGAGAGUACAUGUGCAUUGAGUGUGGGAAGACUUUUACUUCAGCGGGCGGUUUAAAAAAGCACCAGAGGAUUCACACUGGAGAAAAACCUUACAAGUGUUCACACUGUGACAAGAGAUUCAUUCAGUCAGGAACACUGAAAAGACAUGAGAUGAUCCACACUGGAGAGAAACCGUACGCAUGUGAUCAGUGCGGCAAAACAUUUUUGAGAGAUUCACACCUGAAACAGCACCUGGUAGUUCAUACAAAGGAGAAGCCACAUUCAUGUCAUUUGUAUGGAAAUAGGUUUUCACAUCGACAAAGUUUGAAAGAACAUGAGAAAAUACAUACUGGUGUGAGAGAGUACAUGUGCUUUGAGUGUGAAAAGACUUUUACUUCAGCAAAGUGUUUAAAACUGCACCAGCGGAUUCACACUGGAGAGAAACCUUACAAGUGUUCACACUGUGAAAAGAGAUUCAGGCUGUCAGCACAUCUGAAAACACAUGAGAUGAUCCACACUGGAGAUAAACCGCACACAUGUGAUCAAUGCGGGAAGAGAUUCACACUAAAAGCAAACCUUACAGACCAUAUGAGAGUUCAUACUGGAGAGAAACCAUUCACUUGUGAUCAGUGCGGAAAGAGUUUCUCAUACUCAUCAGCCCUUAAGGUACACAUGGACAUUCACACUGGAGAGAAACCGUACACAUGUGAUCAAUGUGACAAAACAUUUUUGAGAGCUCCAUACCUGAAGCAUACAAAGGAGAAGCCACGUUCAUCUCAUUUGUGUGGAAAGUGUUUUUCGCGUCCAGAACAUGUAAAAGUGCAUCAGAAAGUACAUACUGGUGUGAGAGAGUACAUGUGCUUUGAGUGUGAAAAGACUUUUACUUAAGCAAAGUAUUUAAAACUGCACCAGCGGAUUCACACUGGAGAGAAACCUUUUAAGUGUUCACACUGUGACGAGAGAUUCAGUCUGUCAGCAA